CAACUCUUGUCGCAUAAGAUACGGACACAGGAUGGCGUGUUCGUAGUGAGCAAACAAUGAUAUGAGCACUACCUUCACCAUCCUAUUACCAGGUAAUACAGAAAGGUUGAAGCUAUUGCUGUUGCUUAUUACCUGUACUCUAUUGCAGACAGAGCGGGAGCCAUCGCGGCGCAGAGAGACAGGAUAGAAGGACAAUGACAUCGACUUGACAAUGCUGCUUCAUUCACAACGACCUCCAGUCAUCUCAUAACUUUCCUCGAAAAAAUCACCUCUCCUAUUCUCCGAGAACAUGCCUGCUCGCAUAGAGACCGAGACGUCUCAAGCCGAUCCAACUGGCACUCUUCUGGCGAAACUCGAUCAGCCUACAUUUGAUGCAGUCGAUUUCCUGAAUCACAGCCUCCCCGUCCUUAACAUCUCGUCCCACUCGCAGGCUCAGAAGACAGCCAAGUCCACCCAGAUUCAAAGUGCCUCAGCUGACGCACUGUCGCUACUGUCGUCUAUGAAUACUGUGAACAUUCGCGCCUCCUCCGACUUGACCUCUCUCACGGACGAGAUCAUUCGCAGUGGGAAUCGACUGGCCUACGAGGUGGAAGUCCUUCGUGGGGACGUUAACGGCCUCCAUGAGCUCCUAACGGACUCUCUGCGAGAGGACAUCAGACAAUUUGUUCGGACCACGACGAAUACACAGGAUCCGGCGGCGGACAGAAACGAUCAGACAGAGAAAGAGGAACCAGAGUUUAUGUCACAGCUGCGCUUACUGGGCAAGGUCAAAACACGUCUGGAAGCCGUCGUCAGCAUUUUUGGCGAAGCCAUGAAGUGGCCAGUACCUCCCUCAGAGCUCUCGGUGGCUUCCUCACUGAUAUCGGUCUCUGCACCCGAAUUGGGCAUUCAGAGCACGGAGGCCGAUGAGAAGGCGUGGGAAGUUCUUAAGGGGAUCCGCGCGGAUCUUAACGAAAUACUCAAUGCUGAUGGGGGAAGCUAUACAAGCCUCGAGGCUGCAGCGCAGAGAGUGGAAGAAUUGAGGCAACUGGCCCUGGUAUGGAAAGGCACCGGCGAAGAGAAAGUACGAACAAAGUUUGUCGAUACAUUAGCAAAGUCGGUGGAAGACAGGAGGAAAACACUAGACAGUCGUGGGCUGUCCCGAACUGCACGAACAGAUGGCCUACCUCGACCAAAUUCAGCCAUGGGCAGAAAUACCAAGGGGUCGAAUGAAGGUGGUGCGGCCGGGUUGUUCAGGAAUUUGCAGCGCUUGAAGGAUGACUUGUAUCUAGAAUAA